UCUCUGAAACGCCAUUGAUGACUUCUUGUAUCCUUUUAAUAAAUGAAAUUUGGUUUUUCCGGAAAAGACAGAAAGCCCAUGAAGAGGGGAACUGGUAGAAUCCAUCUUUGUUAUUUUCCAACAUUCAUUGGGGCAGUUUUGUCAUCUCCUCCCAAUAUAGUUACACCCUUCUAAUAUAUCGUGGCCAUAUCUCUUCCAUUUCAUCCCCGUCCAGCUCAAAAUCCAUAUCCAAGAAGAAGACGCGGAAGAAGAACAAGCCCCAUAUUAUAUACUAUUAUAUGUAGAGAAAAAGAGAGAGAAGAAGAAGAAGAAGCAGAAGAAAAGGCUCGCUGAGGAAGACGUUCAUGGCGACUGGCUGGGUCAAGUCUCUGCAAUGCAAAUCAAGAGCAGUAAACGACGUCGUCCACCACCAUAUUACCACUACCGUUUCAAGUUGCAGAAGAAGUGUAAGCCUCAAUGAUGUCGUUGAACCCACCAAACAGAAUCCUAGGAAGAUGCCCAAACAACCGCCGCCGCCGAGACAACCCAGUUCCGACGAUGCCACCCGCCGCCGGCGCUCACGUGCUCCGGAGGCAAUCUUGCCAGCGCUGACCGAGCUGCCGGGGGGCCACCCGUCGCGCAACGUAGUGGAGAUAAUCUUCCACACGAGGUGGUCGCCCAAGGCCUUCUCCGGUCGGGUCGAGAUGGUCUUCAAGGUCCAGAAUCUGCCCCGGACCGUGACCCGGUUUGAGGAGUACAGGGAGAGAGUCAAGUCCCGGGCGGCUGCCGCAGACGGCGUCCAAGAGGACCACGCGCGUUGCAGGGCGGAUGGCAAUGAGGUGAUGAGGUUCCACUGCUUGGGUUCGACAGGGGGAGAUCCGGGUUACGACGCCGGGUGUGGUGCCUCGUGGAGGUUCCACGGCGGGAAGGGGACGGCGAUAUGCACGUAUGCGGAGAGCGGCAGAGCCCACGAGUCCGCCGGCGGCGGGAGGGGGCGGAGGGCAAUGCUGGUAUGCAGGGUGAUUGCGGGUCGGGUGUGUAAGCGUGUCGGGUUGGACGCCUUGUUGGAGGAAAGAAAGGGGUUUGACUCGGUGAGUGGGAACGGUGGCGAGUUGCUCGUGUUUGACUCGCGUGCGGUAUUGCCUUGUUUUCUCAUCAUCUACAAAUUGUAAAGACAUAUAUUGAUAGUGACAAGAAGUAGUUUUCCUUUUUUGCCCAAUUUUCAUGAGCCUAAUUUUUUUUUAUUUGAUAUUUUAAAUUCACAAAUGUAUUGGCAAUCACUACAAAUUCGUUGCCAUUUGUGAAUGCUCAAUGUAAAAAUAAUUUUUUUUUUUUUUUAAGGUGAAGAUUUUA